AGCUUAUUCUUAACAAAAGUGGUUUAUUCCUUCCAUUCAUAAUGUUUAAAGCUAUAUAGUCACUAUUUACUUACUUUUUCUAUAUAUAUAUAUUUUACACUUCCCUCAAUAACAUGAACAGAAGCUUUUGUUAAUCCAUAUACCUUUGCAUGUACAAGAAAGAAAGAGAAAGUUUCAUAUAAAAAGCCAAAAUUUACCUCCCUGACAAGAAAGGCACAAAAUUCUCACAUUAUAUCUAUAUCUUCCACAUCUUGCUCUAAUUGUACCAAACCAACUAGUUAGCCUUUGUUUUCUACUCUCUCUCUCUUUUUUCAAACCAAAUAACUAAUAUUUUUUUCGAAGAUCAUGAGAGGAGGAAUUUGUAGUAUACAGCUUCAAGCACUUACACAAGAAGCUGCAACUGUUGUUAAACAAGCAGUGAAUCUAGCAACAAGAAGAGGUCAUGCACAAGUGACACCUCUUCAUGUUGCUAGUGCUAUGCUUGCAACUUCAACAGGAAUUUUAAGAAAAGCUUGUCUUCAAUGUCACUCUCACCCUCUUCAAUGCAAAGCUCUUGAGCUUUGUUUCAAUGUUGCACUCAACCGUUUACCUGCAUCAACACAAAGUCCACUAUUAGGUCCUCAAUAUUCAACCACUCCUUCACUUUCUAAUGCUUUGGUUGCAGCUUUCAAACGUGCUCAGGCUCACCAACGACGUGGAACGAUCGAGAAUCAGCAACAGCAGCAUAUUCUUGCUUUGAAAAUUGAAGUUGAACAGCUCAUAAUCUCUAUACUUGAUGAUCCAAGUGUUAGUAGAGUUAUGAGAGAAGCUGGUUUCUCUAGCACUCUUGUUAAAUCAAGAGUUGAAGUUGAACAAGCUCUUCCAAUUGAAGUUUCUUCAACAAAAGUUUCUUCUGAAUAUCAUAAAAACCAGUCCAAAGAACUUAGCCUUAAGCCUCAAGUUCUUAGCCUUGGUGGUUCAUACACCAAACCUAUAGAUUGUGUUAACAAUGAUGAUGUAACAAGUGUCUUGAGUGAAUUAGUAAAGAGGAGAAGAAACACUGUUAUUGUAGGAGAGAGUGUUUCUAAUGCUGAGGGAGUAGCUAAGGGAGUGAUGGAAAGGUUUGAGAUAGGUGAUGUUCCUAUGGAGUUAAGGUAUGUACAAUUUGUGAGUCUUCCUCUAAUAUGUUUUAGGAAUAUUAGUAAAGAGGAAGUUGAAAAGAAAUUUGUGGAAGUUAGAAGCCUUGUGAAAAGCUAUAUGGGAAGAGGGGUUAUUCUUUAUUUAGGUGAUUUAAAAUGGUUGUUUGAGUUUUGGUCAAGUUACUGUGAACAAAAAAGGAACUACUAUUGUUCUGUUGAACAUAUGGUGAUGGAGAUUAAAAAAUUGGUUAGUGGAAGUGGUGAGAGUAGUAGAUUAUGGCUUAUGGGGAUUGCAAAUUUUAAAACAUACAUGAAGUGUAAAAUAUCUCACCCUUCCCUAGAAACUAUUUGGGAGCUUCAUCCUUUUACAAUUCCUGUUGGCAGCCUAAGCCUAAGUUUGAACUUUGACAGUGAUUUUCAAGCUAAGGAGAGAAGUAUGGUAUUAUUCAAUGACUUGACUUUUGAAGAUAAAGUAGGUGUUGGAAAGCAACUAACUUGCUGCAGAGAUUGUUCAAUAAAAUUUGAAAAUGAAGCUCUGAGUUUGACUAACAAUAUAAGCAAGAAAGCAUGCAGUUCAAGCUUGCCAACAUGGCUUCAAAAUUGCAAGGAAGAAAGAAGUUACACAGUGGAAGAUCAGGAAAAUGCAAGACUUAAGGAUCUCUGCAAGAAAUGGAACUCAAUAUGCAAUUCAAUACACAGACAACCUUCCAUUCUUGACAAACAAGAUUUGUUUGUUUUAUCAUCUUCCCCUUCAUCACCAACUUCAUUUUCCUCACUUGAAAAAAAGUCUAACUUCCAACAUAGCCAACUAAAUUGGCCUAUAAUUUCUGAACAAGAAAAAGUACCAAAAGAAUGUGAGUUAUUAUACACUGAAAGUGCUGGUGGUGAUGAUGAUGGUUGCUAUGAUGGUAACUUGAUCAUGUUCAUGCCACAGAGAAAUGUUCCAAAACCAGAUCUUUUGUCAAAUCCUAACUCAAGUCCAAACUCAGCUUCUUCAAGUGAAGCAGUGGAUGGUUUAGAAAGUACUGAAUUGUUCAAUGAACAUAAUGAAGAGAAUCUCAAGAUUCUCUGUGAUGCCUUGGAGAACAAGUUUCCACAACAUAAAGAAAUCAUUCAAGAGAUUGCAAGUACUGUCCUUUUUUGUAGAUCAGGAAUGAGAAAAAGAGGGAACAACUUCUUCAAAAGAGAAAAUCAUAAGCAAGAAACAUGGAUGUUUUUUCUUGGUGAUGAUUCUCAAGCCAGAGAGAAUAUCUCAAAGGAGCUAGCUAAAGUUGUUUUUGGAUCUUGUAACAACUUUAUGACAAUUGGCAUGAGCACUUUCUCUUCCCUAGGAAAUGAUGAUUCCUCAAGUGAUGAAAAAUCCAAAAGGAAAAGACCAAGAGCUGAGUUGGGAAGCACUUAUUUGCAGAGAUUUUGUGAGGCAGUGAAUGAGAAUCCUCAUAGAGUGUUCUUCAUGGAAGAUUUGGAGGAGGAAGUUGAUCACUUUACUCAAAAGGGUAUCAAGAAAGCAAUUGAAUGUGGAAGUAUAACAAUUCCUGGUGGUGAAUCUGUUCCUCUCAAGGAUGCCAUUGUCAUUUUCAGUAGUGAAAGCUUCAGUUCAGUGUCAAAGUCAUCACAAUCAUCAUGUGCUGAAAACAAAGGGAAAGAGACCAUGAUAGAGGAUCAUCAAAGUAAUCUAAACCUCUCUUUGGAUCUGAAUAUAGCCAUUGAAGAUCAUGAUAAUGCUGACAUUGGUAUUCUUGAGUUAGUUGACAAGAAAUUUAGUUUUAAUUUGUAAUAGGAAAGGGAAAAAAAAUGUUCUAUAUGUGUUAAAUUUGGGUGUAACUCUUUUUUUUUUUUUUUUUACUUUUUUUUCUCUCAACUUGUUUGUUUUUCAGCUAUAGUUAUUAGUGGGGAAAGAAAAAAAAAAAGACAUGAAUGCAAACUUUUAGAUAUAUAGUUUGAUAAUUCAAGUUGAUAUGCAUGUAUUUUUUAAUCUUGGAUGGAGAUGGUAUAUGAUAAGCUUGUAUAUAUUUUUAACUUUA